CGAACAAAAAAAAAAAUAAUCUCUCCCCUCCCUCUCCCUCUGAAAGAGUGAAAGUGAGCAAGAGCAGUAGGAGUGAUGGAGAGAGGGAAGACGACGAGGAAGGCAUCUUCUGCCAUAUCUUUAGAGCAAUUCGUGUCGACCAUGGCUCCUCUAAUUGAUAUGGAGAAGGCAGCUGAAAUAUCGGCUUCUAUCAGCUCUGGAGCGUCCAGAAAUCUGGAAUCAGCUCAAAAGAGAGGCUCGACUCUUCUCAACCUCAAGUGUGUAGAUGCUCAGGCAGGAUUGAUGGGGAAAUCUCUUCUUGAGUUCCAAUCCACUAAAGGAGAUGUUCUUCCUCUUCACAAGUUUGGCCCCCAUGAUGUGGUUGUUUUAAAACCUAACAAGGCUGACUUGGGAUCUCCUUCCCUUGGACAAGGUGUUGUUUACCGGUUAAAGGACUCCUCAAUCACCGUUGCUUUUGAUGAUCUUCCUGAAGAUGGUUUGAAUAGUCCCCUGCGACUCGAGAAAGUUGCGAAUGAGGUGACAUACCGGAGGAUGAAGGACACCUUGAUUCAAUUGAGCAAAGGUAUACACAAGGGACCUGCCGCUGAUUUAGUUCCUGUUUUAUUCGGAGAGAGACCACCAACACUAUCAAAGAAAAACGCUACAUUCACUUCCUUCAACCGAAAUCUUGAUCACUCUCAGAAAGAUGCGAUUACAAAGGCCUUAUCAUCGAAGGAUGUAUUUUUACUGCAUGGACCUCCUGGAACUGGAAAAACCACGACAGUGGUGGAAAUUAUUUUGCAAGAAGUAAAACGUGGAUCAAAGAUUCUGGCAUGUGCUGCUUCAAAUAUUGCGGUUGACAACAUUGUUGAACGACUUGUUCCUUAUAGAGUAAAGUUGGUGAGAUUGGGGCAUCCUGCACGUUUACUACCUCAAGUAUUGGAAAGUGCACUUGAUGCGCAGGUUCUACGAGGGGAUAACAGUGGUCUUGCAAAUGACAUUCGCAAAGAAAUGAAGGCAUUAAACGGGAAGCUUUUGAAAACGAAAGACAGAAACACAAGGAGAGACAUCCAGAAGGAGCUCAGGACGCUCUCUAGAGAGGAGCGUAAACGGCAGCAGCUUGCUGUGAAUGAUGUAAUUAAAAAUGCGGAUGUGGUGUUGACAACUUUGACUGGUGCGUCUUCUCGCAAGCUUGAAAACACUUCAUUUGAUUUGGUGAUUAUUGAUGAAGCUGCUCAGGCGCUGGAAAUAGCAUGUUGGAUAGCUCUACUGAAGGGCUCAAGAUGUGUACUGGCAGGAGACCAUCUUCAGCUUCCUCCAACAGUCCAAAGUGUUGAAGCCGAGAAUAAAGGGCUUGGAAGAACCCUAUUUGAACGCCUGACAUAUCUCUAUGGAGAUGAAAUCACAUCUAUGCUCACUGUCCAGUACCGCAUGCACGAGCUUAUUAUGAACUGGUCAUCUAAUGAGCUAUACAACAGUAAGAUUGAAGCACAUCCAAGUGUGGCUGGACAUAACCUUUUUGAUCUUGAGGAUGUAAAGAGCUCAUGUUCAACAGAGCCAACCCUUCUUCUCAUAGAUAUAGCCGGGUGUGACAUGGAAGAAAAGAAGGAUGAAGAAGAUAGCACAAUGAAUGAAGGUGAAGCUGAGGUUGCUAUGGCCCAUGCAAAAAAGCUUGUCCAAAGUGGCGUCCAGGCUUCUAAUAUUGGAAUUAUUACCCCCUAUGCCGCACAGGUUGUCUUGCUGAAGACACUAAAAGGCAAGGACGCUAAGCUAAAGGAUAUGGAGAUUUCAACAGUUGAUGGUUUCCAAGGUCGGGAGAAGGAAGCUAUUAUUAUUUCAAUGGUUCGAUCAAACUCAAAGAAGGAGGUGGGAUUUCUGAGUGACCACAGGCGAAUGAACGUCGCUGUGACCCGAGCAAGGAGACAGUGUUGUCUUGUUUGUGACUCUGAGACAGUAAGUAGCGAUGGGUUCUUAAAACGAUUGGUUGAGUACUUUGAGGAGCAUGGUGAGUAUCUGAGUGGCUUGGAGUAUCAGAACAUAUAAUCUAAAUCUCCAAAGGGGAGCCUUCAGGCAUUACCAAUCGAUGACUGCAGACAGAUCAAGUAAAUGUCGGUGGUUGUGCUUGAUGAUUUUUUACUACCAUUGAUACUUAAUGGUGACCGCAUGUACUUCUCCAGGUUUCAUUUUUUAUCAUAAGUAAUAGAAUGUUGUUGCCAUGAAAAUUUAAAGCUUUGGAGUU